AUGACAGCAGAGUCGAUUGGUGUUUUGGCUGUAGCCGUUAAACGCGCUCAGACUCCGCCUGCGCUUGGGCUUGCAAUGGCUCAGGCCAUCAGGAAAGUGCGGCCAGAUGACGCCGAGGGUGUGAUCGAGGUCCUUCUGCACCCAAAGGAGCAAGUGGAAUUUCAGGACCUUGGAGACGUCGGAGCUUCUCUGAAAGGGGGUCGAGACAUGUGGAUCAUUGGCAGCGCACCGGAAGUGCUUCAAGUCGCCAAAGACAUCGCUGAAGCCUUGAAGGUGCCGGUUCUUUCUGCAGCUGCCGAAGCAGUGGUCAAAAAGGUUGAAAACAAUGGUUCCACGAAGGUGGCCACUUUCUUGGUCGGUGAAGAGCUCCGCACAGUGACCUUGCUUGCAGUUCCCCCAGCGCAAAGCCGCGUGGUCUGCAAAGCCCGGCCUGACGUUAUUGCGAAACAUCUGCAAGGCAAGAUCCGAGGCAAGGACAUUGUGAUAGCAGUUACGGAGGAGAAUCGCCUAGCGACGGGUCUUGCAGUAGCUCGUUGCUUGCCACCCUUCGUAAGCAAAGCUGACAUGCCGAGCCCGGCAGAUGCGACAGUGCGCUUCUAUGGUGCAGCACCGGGGCCAUUGCUAGCGAAGUUGAAUCACAUGGCCGCGGCGAUUCGUCUUGCACAGGGGCUGGUAGACAUGCCGCCGAACUUCAUUCAGCCCGCGACACUGAAGGAGUUCGUUCUAGCGGCGACGAAAGGCCUGGACAAGGUGACAGCACAUGUCAUCGAAGGAACAGAGCUUCGAGACAAGGGAUACGGGGGCCUUUGGAAUGUGGGCAAAAGUGCUGAUCAGAGACCUCCUUGUCUCAUAGUGCUCACGCAUAACCCCAGCGGCAUGUCGGCAGACGGCGGUCCAGUAGGUGUGGCGCUUGUCGGCAAAGGCAUCACCUAUGACACGGGAGGCGCAGCAUUGAAGCCGCGCGAAGGCAUGUGUGGCAUGAAGCGCGAUAUGGGAGGCGCUGCAGGUGUCUUCGGCGCCUGGUUGGCAGCAGUCAAAUGCGGUGGACUGCCAACAGGAGCUCCGCUUCAUUGCGUGCUGUGUAUCGCCGAGAAUGGCAUUGGCCCAGGCAUGUUCCUGAACGAUGACAUCAUAUUGCACUACUCCGGUUUGACUUCUGAAAUCAAUAACACCGAUGCUGAAGGUCGUUUAGUAUUGGCCGAUGGUGUGGCGCAUGCCGUGAAGAACCUCGGUGCAGAGCUCAUUGUCGACAUGGCCACGCUGACCGGCGCGCAGGCGAUUAGCACCGGGAAGCACUUCUCCUCCAUCCUUGCCUCAGAUGAAGCUUUGGAGAAAGAGAUCGUGGAUGCGGGUCGCGUAUCUGGAGAGGGAGCGCACCCGGGUCUCUUUGCGCCAGAGCUGCUUCUGUCAGAGUUCGACUCUGAGUUUGCGGACAUGAAGAAUUCGGUGAAGGAUCGGUCCAACGCACAGUCGUCCUGCGCAGGACUGUUUAUCUACAAGCACUUGAAACACGCAGGCCACCAAGGACGAUGGAUACACUGUGAUAUGUAUUACCCCUCUUUUGUUGGAGAAUAUGCCACAGGCUAUGGUGUUGGCCUUCUUUGCACACAGUUGGGCGUCGUUUGA